AUGUCGAAAAGAACGUUAAUUCUCCUAUCCAGCCAGCAACAGCAGAUCAGGCCUCACAAAGGAGAGGGUAAGCGUGAAAGGCGCAUAUUUGCCUGUCUUGGAGAGCUUCGCCUGAUCUUGUGUCGCUUCUUCGCAAUGCUUGCUAGCAGCAUCCGUCGCACAAUCGGCAUGGAACUGCUGUUGCGUGUCGGCGACAUUCGCAUUCAAGAAUCAAGGAAGGAUCCCGGCAAUACCGCAUUCGACAGUGACUCUGCAAAAACGGCGUGCAUGCUGAACUUGGGGGCGAGUCGCGCACACACUUCGCUCUGGAAGGCAGUUGUUGCGGUGAAGGAACAGGAGAACCUUGAACUUGGAAGUGCCAGUAUAGCGCGUUGGCACAUCGGAGUGAAAGAGCCUUCCGGCACCACUAAUUGCAGGAGGCUUGGCUAUCAGUAUCCACUAUAG